GUCAAAAUGGUAGUAUUGAACCUGUAGGAUCUAGUGUUAUUUUUUUAUUUGAUUUCGAAUUAUGCAAUAAUAUAAUUUAGUAUUUCUAUAAUCAACUAUGUUUAGUUAUUGAUUUAAUAAAUUUCAUAUGCUUUUACUAGUUUAAUAUUCCGAGUUUAAUAUAUAAAUAUUUGUAUCUAUUUUUUUUUGUAAUUUUUUAAAUUUCUUUCGUGUUCACUUAAAUUUUUAUCAUCAUGAGUCUAUUUAAAGCUUCUAUUAUUGGAGCUAAAACCAUAAAUCUUAUUCUAUACACGAAAUCUGAAAAAUGUGGCAUGCUGAUUCGUAGAGGAUUUUCAACGCGCGAAUUGUUGAAAGAAGCAUAUUGCCGCACGAAACUUAAAUGUAGAUCCAAGAAAUUGCCUCGAGAUGUGAACCCCAAAGGUGUAUUUGCUUGCAAUGAAUUGGAUCUUUCUGAAGUCAAAGUAUAUGGAUUCGAUUACGAUUACACAUUGGCACAUUAUAAACCUACUUUGGAGCAUCUUCUCUAUAAUCUUGGUAGAGACAUAUUAUUAGAAAAAUAUAAUUACCCUCCAGAAAUACUGAAGCUAGAAUAUAGACCUAAUUUUGCAGUGAGGGGUCUUCAUUAUGACAUUGAAAAGGGCCUUCUUCUAAAAUUAGAUUCUUUUCUUCAAAUUCAAUUUGGUGCUGUUUAUCGUGGCCUCACACCUGUCUCCACAGAGGAAGUACUCAAAAUGUACAAAAACAGGAUUAUACCAAUUGCCUAUGUAGAAGGGGAUACGAGGACACAUAAGGCAAGUCGAGCCAAAAUGGUACAUUUAGCGGAUCUAUUCUCAGUACCAGAAAUGGGAUUGCUGUGUAAUGUAGCUGAAUAUUUUAUUAAGAAUCACAUUGACUAUCAUCCCGAGAUCCUGUUUUUGGAUGUCAAGAAUUCAGUACAAAGUUGCCAUCCAAUUAUGCACAAGAUUGUUGCUCAAAAUGUUGAAGAAUACAUAAGACCCAACCCCGAGCUCAGGAAAUAUUUCGAGAUGCUUCAGAAUAGCGGAAAGAAGUUGUUCCUUGUUACCAAUAGCCCUUUUCAUUUUGUUAACGCUGGUAUGGAGAUGCUGGCUGGACAUGACUGGUUAGAAUUUUUCGAUGUGGUAAUUGUUAAUGCCAACAAACCUAAAUUUUUCACGGAGGUGUCGCGACCUAUUAGAGUGUUCGACAAAAAUGCCAAUACCCAUAUAUGGGAGAAGGUUACAUCUCUUGAAAAGGGUAUUAUUUAUUAUGAGGGUACAGUGAAACAACUACAAGACCUAACGGGCUGGAGUGGUCACCAGGUGCUGUAUUUCGGCGACCACCCUUACAGCGACCUCGCAGAUGUUACGCUCGAGCACGGCUGGCGAACCGGGGCUAUAAUCAACGAGCUCACGCAUGAAAUCAACACCUUAAAUACGAGGUCCUUCAAAGAGAACGCUAACUGGCUCCAGAUGCUCACGCAGCUGAUUGAAGAUCACCAGGAUUACAAGGAUCCUGAGGCACUCAAGGUCCUCGGUGAAUGGAUGGCUGAGAGGGAUUUUCUUAGGAGUUCUUAUCUCACUUCCAGGAACGAUAUAAAGGCGGUGUUUAACCCUCAAUUUGGUAGCGUAUUCCGUACGUACCACAACCCCACCUACUUCUCCCGAAGACUGUUCCGUUUUGCUGACAUCUAUACCUCAAAUAUCACAAAUCUACUCAAUUACUCACUUACUCACACCUUCUACCCCCGACGUGGUGUUAUGCCACAUGAAUAUGGAUCGUAUUUUGUCUAGUUUUAAGGUUAAAAAUGCUAGUUCAUUGUUAGAAUAUAGGUGUUAUUAUUAUGAAAUACUAUGUACAGUGAUCAAAGAAUUCUUUAAUUUUAGACACCUAGUUGUAUGUUUUAUUGAUCAUAUUGAAAUUGUAAAUUAUUUAUUAUAAAAUCUAUUAUUAUAUGGUGAAAUAAUAUAGCCCACCAAGCUAUUUGAUUUUAGAAUAUUUUGAACGUUCCCAUUAAAAUUGUAUAAUAAAUUGUUUAUUUUAUUUAAAUGGCGAAAAAAUAUCAUAAUUAUAGUUCUCUGAGUUAGAUAGCAAAUAUGUAAAUAAAUUUAUUGUACCAGUAGAAUGAAGAGAACUUAGAAGAAAAAUAAUGUUUACUGUAAAUGAAUGUUUUAAUUUUAUAUCACAUUAAGUAGUAAAAUAAUAUAGAAUAGAAUUUAUAUAAUAAAACUAGUAUAAAUUUUUACAAUUGUUAUUUAAUAUGGUUUAUCUUAAAAACCAAUAUAUUGUUGGUAUGAUGUCAUUUAUAGAUACAUAUCUUCAAGGAUUGUGUUCUUCAACGUUUGUGAAAACACAAUAAUGUACGAUUUUAUUAUUUUAAUUACAAAUAUGUAAAAAUAUUAAAGUUUUAUUCACCAAUUUGAAUCUGAUAAUGUUACUAUGAUGGUUGUUAGUGUCAAUGACGUCACUUUACAUGUUUUUCAUUUGAAUUAGUGAAUCAAAGCGAGAAUGACAUAGCAUUAUACUGCUAUACUUAAUCUUUUGCAUUGGAUUGAUUCGAUUCAUCACUCUACUGGUUACUUUGUUUUUUUUUAUAUAUAUAUGUUAUAGAAGUUACUUCUUACUACCAAUUUCUAAUAGAAUGUAAGUAUUCAGCCAACUGUGUUCUAGUCAAAUGUAUUUAAUACUGAUUCACAUGAGUUAAGUUUAUUUAUAUAUGUUAUUCAUCGCUAUAAGUGUUACAAACAUAUCUUUACUGUCAAUUUUCCAACUGUGUAUAUAAGGAAUGAAUCUAUGCAUUAAUAUUGUUUAUUUAACUAAUAAAAUUACGUAAAGGCUGAUUUUUAAACCAAUAUCUGUCAUAUUCUUUUUAAAACAAUAUGUCUAGUCUUGCUUUAAGAGCUGCAACCCACAGUUUAAGGCGAGACUUAAGGACGCAAAACGCUAUAUGAAGAAGAUAUCCGGAUGAAGUCCAAACAAUUGACGGAAACGACAAACAUAAUAAGUUCAUAAAAUUACAGGAAUUUUAUGAUCUUACUAUAUUUUAAUUUGCUCAGUUGGUUAUAACACACAGGUUUUACAGGAAUAUAUUUAGCAAUUAGUUACUUAUCAGGUGUUGAACACAUCUUAAUGGCAAUUUAAUUUUUUAACUCCCUCACCAAUUCUUUUUAAUAACAACUCACGUAAAUAAGGUAUUAUCAUGAAUUUAAGUUAGUAUCUAUUGAAAGCCCCAAAAGUUUUCCUUUUUACGACUUAUGCUCUAUAGAAAAUGUCAAUCAAAUUUGUAAAUGUUAUGGUCAUAUUUUGGACUGUUAGUAUUAGUAUCCAUACCAGAAUCAAUAUCUUAUCGAAUUGAUUAGAGAAAAAAAAAACAGAAAUAAUAAUUAUUAAUACCUAAACUACUUAGAAAUAUAAAUGUAGAUAUGGUUUAAAAAUAUAUUUAUUUGCAAAAUCAGUGUUUUCUCUACUUAUUACUUAUUGUAGUAUAUAUAAUAUUUAUUUUACCAACCAAAAGUUAUUUUCAGAAAUUUUAUACAAGCCAUAUUAAAAAUAAGAUACAAAUUAUUAUAUUCAAUGAGUUACCAUUUAUUAAGGCAGUUUUCAGUUUAAUGUGUUAAAAUAAAUAAAAAAAUAAUUAUAAUGUAAUGUUUGCAGUUUUCAUAUCCAUAAUAAUACUCGUAUAUUUCUUAAGAAAAAAAGCAUAAUUGAUAGUGAAAUUACGCUUGUAUGUAAAUUUUAAUAUUUGUAGAAACCUUAUGGGUAAGUAUACUAUACCAUAAGAAGAAAUAAUAUCUGGUAUAAGGAAGUCAUUGCACUAUCAUAAUAUAUAGGAUCAUAUAUAGACCAUUUAAUAAGCUAGAUGUAUUUUCAAUCGCUUAAGUUUUGCAAUAUCUUGCAUAGAUAUUUAUAUUUUAGUAAGAUCACUUGCUUCCAUUGUGUUCACUGAGAUUAUAUAGAUAUUCUCAAUCGUGUCCAUUUUAGUCUACGAAUUAGACUCUUCAGUCUUCUCACGAAUUAGACUCUUCUCUUCAGAACCUCAGUAGAUAUUUCGAUCCCGAGACAUGAAAACAUUUACAAAAACAGCAUUACAGACGGGAUUUUCUAAAGGGCUUUGUCACAUUGAAAUCUACUGUCAAUGAAUCUAAAUUAAUAAAGGGAGCGAUUGUUUGUUUGAACGCGCUAAUCUCUGGAACUACGUAUCGGAUUAAAAAAAAUGUGCUUGAUAUGUAGCACAUUUCUUAUGGAAGGUUAUAGGUAGGCUAUGUUAAAAUAGCACUAUAUAAUCGCGUGUGACCUCGCGGGAUACAGUACCAUUAUCAUUAAUUCAAUCUAUGUUCAAUCAACUUAAAAAAUAUGGACUUUUUCACUUUGCCUGUAUUUUUGUGUGUGUAUAUUACGCAAUAUCUUAACCGAGGUAAGGCUGAUUUAGAGAAAUUAUUUUUAUAAUUAACAGAGUUUAUUUCCGUAUGGGGCCACUGUUUCUGUUGAAAAAUUUGUUUAUUGCUCUAAAAAUAUACAUAGUAUGGUUAUAUAUAUUUGAUAGUGUAAUGAACCUUCUAUAUUACAAUAACAUUAGGACUUAGUAUACAUAUAUUAUUGAUAAAUGUUUUUUUGGAUACUACUAAAACUUAAUGUACACGAUAUCUUUGUAGAUAUCCUUAUAUAGGUAGUAGUAGACUUCGACAAUAAAUCGUUCGAACUGUUUACCAAUGGAUAACAUCAAGUUUUGUAUAUGUUUAUCUUUUCAAGGGCUAUUAAAAGAAUCAUGUUAUAAUUGUAACUACAGAUUUUUUUAUUAAGAUUUUCUCAUUAAAAAUAUAUACAUUA